AUGACCUUUAAGAAUCACCCUCUCUUUUAUCAUGGGGACAAGAGCGGCCUAGACGGAGGUGAGCGGACCGAGAGCCGCAGACCCCUAGGCCUCUCACCAGGCCUCUUCAAGCUCUCUCCUCCCCCCAAGCCAGUGCCGCGCAGGUGCGAAAACCUAAGGGGCCACCCGGACACGACGGCCCCAGAGCUGGGGGAUGGGACCCUGAGCGAGCCGAAGGCGGGGGUGGGGGCCUUCCCGGUGUUGCUUGGUGACCACGCUCUCCGCCCAGACCGUUCCAUUUCCUCAUGCGCCCCUCUGCCCGGCCCCACUCCGGGCCUCAGGCCCCCGGACGCCGAGCCGCCGCCGCCUUCGCUUCAGACGCUGACCCCACCGCCGACUCUGCAGCAGUCGGCUCCGCCCGGCGGCGAGCGGCGCCUUCCAACCCCGGAGCAAAUUUUUCAGAACAUAAAGCAAGAAUAUAGUCGUUAUCAGAGGUGGAGACAUUUAGAAGUUGUUCUUAAUCAGAGUGAAGCUUGUGCUUCGGAAAGUCAACCUCACUCCUCUGCACUCACAGCACCUAGUUCUCCAGGUUCCUCCUGGAUGAAGAAGGACCAGCCCACCUUUACCCUCCGACAAGUUGGAAUAAUAUGUGAGCGUCUCUUAAAAGAUUAUGAAGAUAAGAUUCGGGAGGAGUAUGAGCAAAUCCUCAAUACCAAACUAGCAGAACAAUAUGAAUCUUUUGUGAAAUUCACACAUGAUCAGAUUAUGCGACGGUAUGGAACAAGGCCAACAAGCUAUGUGUCCUGAGCUUUGUUGCAUAUCUGGGUACCAGGUUUGACCUCAAGAGAUGGCUGCUGUACACUUUUUGCAACUGGUUUGAUAUCACAUUUCAGCUCCAACUUUGCAUCCUGAGAACACUUAAUGUUUCUGCAGGUCCAUUUUAUACAACUUGAAAGACCUUAAAACUUUCUGGUUGCCACAAGCAUAUCUUUCUUUUCUGCUCAUCCAAUAAACAGCUGUGCCCUACUGUGAUAGAUUUUCCAAACAAAAUACCUGGAGCAGCAGUUUAGCAAAAUAUGCCUUCAGUGGCACUCAACAAGUGGAGUUUCCCCAAGCACAGUUCUGUAAGAAGUGUGUGUGAGAGUGUGUGUAUAUGUGUGUAUGUGUAUUUUUUAAGUUAUUAUUUGUAUUGUGCAAAUUUUUUUUGAUCUUGGGGAUUCUGGCUGUGAAUUUGAUGCACGACAAUUAUGGUUAAAAACAUUUGGUUGGUCUACAGAAGAUCAUUAAUGUUUUGUGACCAUAUAAGUUGUAACAGUGGAUUGUUUUUGUGUGUAGGUAUUAUUGUUAAAUACAGGGACUGUUUCCAGGCACAGAAUAUGAAUCAUAAGUUAGGAGGGACAUUAGAUGUGAUUAUGAUGAUAUAGCGAUGGUCUGCGGUCCUAGAUCUACAAAUGUGUGGCGAGAAAUUAGAACAAACUGGAGAUGGGCCAUUGACACAUGGACUUUGCCUAGCUGUAUUAGAAAAAUACAUUGACUCCAAGCCUUAAAAUACUCACAUGGAGUCGGCACUCACCUCAUUCAAACAGUCAAAGAGCUCCCUGGACACUCAGCCUCUAAAGGGAAAAGGUCUCCCGUAGAGCAGGAGCAUCAGGGUUCACUUGGGAGCAUAACACAGGUGAGCACGGAGCUGGGCCUGGACCAGGCCCUGGCAGCACUGCUACUUGGGAGGAGCCACUUCACCUUUGUAUCAGUUUUUAAAAAUAGAAUUUGGAUCCUUUGGUCAGGUUCCCCCAAAUUCUUUUGAGGUAUCCAUGUUCAACUGCUUGAGCUUUGUUUUGGCAACCCCCUGCCUGAAGUUGCUUAUAGGCUGUUCUUCAUCUUGUUUCCAAGACUGAGGAACAGAAAGUAGCCUCUGUUUUGAGGAGGUGGAAGUUAAGUAUACAUUUAUUUUUUACUGUGACUUGUUCAGGACCACAUUUUACAAAAUGCCUUGUUUCCUUUAUUGUUUCUGGAAAGGAAAGUACUAUUAAUAUUGUUUUAGUUUGAUUAUAGAAUAGUUUUUUUAAUUAGGGCUUAUUUUGAAAAAUUUUGAGUUUUAAUUCAAAUGUAUGCCAAUACCUUCCAAAGUAAGGUAAUAAUUCAGAGACAGUUGUUCUGAUCAGAUGGCUUAGAGAAAUUUCUGGAAUAUUCACAUUUGAAGAUUCCUUAUUAAUGAAUGUCUUUGACUUAAAUCUAACCAAAAACUACAACAUUAUUCUUUGUACAUUUUCAUUAUAUAGUGUUAACAAGCUUAGUUGCAAACAAAUAAAAUACUUAAGCUAUUUGUUUACCUUGCCUUCUUAA